UGCGCUCCACAUGUCGGUUGCCCGAACAUUUGUAUCUGCCUCACUUCUCUGAACCUACAUGCAUACUUGAUGAAUGACCAUGGGACUUCCGAUGGACCCGAACCUCGCCGAUAUUCAUGUCCCGAGCGGACCUACCUCCAUCCACCAGGCCGAGUCCUUUGAAGGUCUCACUUUACAGCAACUCAUUGCACGCAAGGACAAUCUCGAGGCAGAACUGAAGGCUUUAGGCGCGGUCCUCGAUAGCCAUGGGGUCACCAUGCAGACAAGUCUGACCACAUUUGAUGGGUUCCCAAGAUCAGAUAUUGAUGUGGCCCAAGUACGAGUUACAAGAGCACGCAUUGUCGUGCUCCGUAACGACUGGAAAGCUCUGAUGGACAAAAUCGAGAAGGGUCUCCAUGAACAUCACGCCAAGUACCAAGCCUCCGACGAAUACAAGAACUCCUUGAAUCAGUCCCAACAACAACCAGCACCUAUUCCUGUACCAGACCAGACACCCUCAGCCCCCGAAACCCCGUUUGCAAAAGUGAAUAGCGUCGAGCCGGGGAGUCCUGCACAUGAAGCCGGCCUGAAGGCUGGCGACUUGAUAAGGAGGUUUGGUGCCGCAAUAUGGUCUAAUCACGAAAGAUUACGCAAAGUUGGCGAAGUUGUGAGCCAAAACUUGGGUCGGCCGAUCUUGGUUAAGGUCUCUCGUGGUACAGGAUCAGGAGCACAAGAGCUGGACUUGAGGUUGACUCCAAGACAGAAUUGGGGUGGAAGAGGCACGCUCGGAUGUCACAUUGUUCCCAUAUGAAAUUCCCAGCUGGUGCCUCUGGGAGAAGCCGAUGGGAGAAUCCACACAGAAAUGUGUUGUCAAAUGGGCUUUGCAGUGGCUUGGUCAAGGCUUGUGCCAUUUCAGCAUGUGGAUGAAAUCCCGAUUCCAAGAUCUCGCCUCGCCACGAGAAACAGCCCGAAUGAUCUAGUCGAAGGCAGCUUGUGCCUGGAUAUGAUCAACUUAUUUCUUGUAACAAUAGCUCUACCUGGGUUCGAUGAAUAGAUGGA